AUGGCGCAAUUUUGUCAAGAAUGUGGGACAAGAUAUGCAAAUGAACUGGCAAAAUAUUGUCACAACUGCGGAGCAGAAGUUCCAGGUAAGAAAAUGCGAUUACUGUAACAUCAAUACAUUAUGUUAUUCUAUCUAUUUAACUAGAUUAUAUUUUGUGUUAAAUUUCUUUGUAGUUUCACUAGUUUGUAUAUUGGGCUAUUCCAUUUAAUAUCCAUACCCCCCUGUCGAGGAUACAUGUUUUUCAUUGUCAUACCCCUGAAGAAUUCCAAGCUCAAAACUGUUUACCCCUGAAGAAUUCCAAAAUUCCAAGCUCAAAACUCUUUACCCCCUGAAGAAUUCCAAGCUCAAAACCUUUUACCCCUGAAGAAUUCCAAGCUCAAAACCCUUUACCCCUGAAGAAUUCCAAGCUCAAAACCAUUUACCCCUGAAGAAUUCCAAACUCAAAACACUUUACCCCUGAAGAAUUCCAAGCUCAAAACAGUUUACCCCUGAAGAAUUCCAAGCUCAAAACCCUUUACCCCUGAAGAAUUCCAGGGAUCCUCGACAGGGGGGGGGGGUACGGAUAUUAAAUGGAAUAGCCCAUUCCAGUUGUCAAAAUUAUGUCUAUACGUACCACAUGACCAUAUAAUAUAUAUAUAUAUAUAUAUAUAUAUAUAUAUAUAUAUAUAUAUAUAUAUAUAUAUAUAUAUAUAUAUAUAUAUAUAUAUAUAUAUAUAUAUAUAUAUAUAUAGAUAUAUAUAUAUAUAUAUAUAUAUAUAUAUAUAGAUAUAUUAGCAUAACCCUCAUGCAGAACCACUUGUGUUUAUAGAAAUACUUGAUAGUGAUGAUGAACAAAGAAACUACAUUGAGUACUAUUUUCAUCUGGGAUAUAAAUAUGAAGACAUUGUCAAUUUACUCAACAUAUAUCAUGGCAUUUAUAUGUCUGUCCGUACCUUAAAACGGAGACUACUGAAGUAUGACCUGAAGAAAAAGAAUGUCAAUAUUAAUGAGCAAGAGCUGAGAAGUAUUAUUCAGAAAGAAAUAGAAGGGAUUGGCCAACUUUCUGGGUACAGGAAGAUUUGGCACCUAAUUCGUAUAAAUCAUCAUAUACACGCGCCAAGGAAACUUGUUGCUCAAAUUGUCCAUGACCUAGAUCCCCAAGCUAGCAAGGAGAGAAAAGGAAAUAAACUUAAAAGACGAAAAUACAUGUCAUAUGGCCCUAAUCAUUGCUGGCAUAUUGAUGGUAUGGUCUUGAAUUUAAUUAUCUGUGUUUGUGCUAUAAUGCGUGCUGGACAGGUUAGAUCAAAGGAAGUAAAUUCUCGUUCUUUAAUUUUUUAUCCAAUGUAGGUUAUGACAAGAUUAAGCCAUUCGGUUUUCCAAUCCACGCAGCUAUUGAUGGCUUUAGCAGGAAGGUGUUAUGGUUGGAGAUUUGUAGAUCAAACAACUCCCCAACAGAGCCAGCUAAAUUGUAUUUGGAUUGUGUGAGUGAACAUGGAGGAUGCCCAUUAUUAACACGUACAGACUAUGGAACAGAAAAUGGACAAAUUGCUGCUAUCCAAUGUUAUUUUCAAUCUAAUGAGGAAGCCCAUAAAUAUGGAACCUCAACCAGGAAUCAAAGAAUAGAAAACUGGUGGUCGCAUUUCAGGAAAUCCUGUGCAGGCUGGUGGAUCAACUUUUUCAAGGAUUUACGAGAUGAUGGAACAGUCGACUUUGAAAGGACUUUACACAAGGAAUGUCUAUGGUUUUGUUUCCUAGGUGUUAUACAAGCAUCAUUAAAUAAGAUGAAAGAAUACUGGAACACACACUAUAUAAGAUCAUCGCGCCACGAAACUAUUCCAGGAGUUCCUGAUAUUUUAUUUUAUUUGCCGGAACAUUCAGGAGGUAUGGAUUGUCUUGUUCCAGUAAAUAACGAUAAAAUUGUUGAAAUGAAGGAACGACACAAUGAAGAAGCAGAAGAGGAAAAUACUUACCAAGAAUACUUUCAGUACAUUAUGGACCUAGAAGGUAUUGAAUAUCCUAACAGUCCAAAUGAGGCCAUUAUCUUGUUUUCGUAUUUAAUUGAAAAAGCUGGAGAUGAUGUAUUUCCUGACGAUGAAAAUUAA